UAUUGAAUUGCUUUUGGUUUGAAUGAUGCUUGUUUUUUACAUGUGAUAAAAGAUAAAAUAAAAAUAAACCUUGUGCCAAUAAUAAGUAUUUAAAUCAUUUUAAAUAAAUGAUUCCGACAUCAAUACAAUAAUUUUACUGUCCUUUGGUACACGAUAGAUUUCAAGACUGGACUAAUUUUACGGUACACCGCACUAUUUAAUUGAUUUAAGUAAAGAAAUCGAAAUUACAAGACUAUUCGAAGCUAGGACAUAUUUAUAUAACUGUUGAAAGAGAUUCGAUAACAUGUCGAUGCCACAUAGCAGCUCAAGUACUACCAGUUCCAGUACAAAACGCAAAGAGAUUUACAAAUAUCAAGCACCAUGGCCGCUGUACUCCAUGAACUGGUCAGUACGACCAGACAAACGUUUCAGGCUGGCACUUGGCAGUUUUGUUGAAGAAUAUAAUAAUAAGGUACAAAUAAUAUCACUGGAUGAAGAGACAAGUGAGUUUAGUGCAAAGAGCACAUUUGACCACCCCUACCCCACCACCAAGAUCAUGUGGAUACCUGACAGUAAGGGGGUGUAUCCUGAUCUACUUGCUACUAGUGGUGACUAUCUUCGCAUAUGGCGCGCUGGUGAACCUUACACAUUAUUUGAAUGUGUUUUAAACAACAAUAAGAACUCUGACUUCUGUGCACCACUCACAUCAUUUGACUGGAACGAGGUGGACCCCAAUCUGAUUGGCACCAGCAGUAUUGACACCACUUGCACCAUCUGGGGCUUGGAGACUGGACAGGUGCUGGGACGAGUCAAUGAUGUCUCAGGACAUGUUAAGACGCAACUGAUUGCUCAUGACAAGGAGGUGUACGACAUAGCGUUCAGUCGGGCAGGCGGCGGGCGCGACAUGUUCGCCUCUGUGGGGGCUGACGGCUCUGUGCGUAUGUUCGACCUGAGGCAUCUCGAGCACUCCACCAUCAUAUACGAGGACCCGCAACACACGCCUCUGCUGCGGCUGGCGUGGAACAAGCAGGACCCCAACUACCUGGCGACGGUGGCGAUGGACGCGUGCGAGGUGGUCAUCCUGGACGUGCGCGUGCCCUGCACACCCGUCGCCCGUCUCAACAACCACCGCGCCUGCGUCAACGGCAUCGCCUGGGCCCCCCACAGUUCAUGCCACAUCUGCACUGCGGGAGACGACCACCAGGCGCUGAUCUGGGACAUCCAGCAGAUGCCGCGCGCCAUCGAGGACCCCAUCCUCGCGUACACCGCCGCAGAGGGCGAGGUCAACCAGAUCCAGUGGGGCGCCACCCAGCCCGACUGGAUCGCCAUCUGCUACAACAGGCACACCGAGAUACUGCGCGUAUAAAUGUAUUUCUUGUACUACCAUUCAUAUGAAAACUUUCCAAUUCAACAGUUUUACAAAUAACUUCGGACUUCUACAAAUCAAAUUUAACUUUGUAAUGCAAAUUCAUAUAUAAAUAUCCGAAUUUGAAGUUAAAAAGUAAACAUUUCUACAAUAAUUUGUAACUAUAAGGGUUAAAAAAUUGUAGCCAUUUAAGAGAAGGAUACAUAACAAUGAUGUCAUGUCAUGCACAUACAUGAUGCUGUGCGCACACAAAUAAUUGCACAGAUUUACACAUUUAUAAUAAUGUCUGCAAUAUUUAUCUUAAUAUCAUUCUUAUGACACACAAUAUGAGGUGCAAAUUAAAAAAAAAUAGUGUGAAAAUAUUGUAGACAUUGAUUAUAAAUUAAAUCGCUAAGCGAAUGAGAAUAAUUCCUUAAAAGUUUUGGAUAUUUAAAAGAAAUUGAUUAGAUCUCAAACAAAAUUAACUCAACCGUUGGUUAUUGAGAUUAAAAUGGGGAUUUUGGUCUCAGAAAUCCACGGUUAGAGUUCUUAAUUUAUAUCUCGCUGAGAUAUCAAUAUUAUGACCUUAAAGAUAACUAAACUAUAAAAAAAACUUAAAUUGGUAUUAUAAAGAAGAAAAAUUAGUUUGUUUGCAUUAAAUAAGCUCCGGAACUAUAAAACCUGAUCUGAAUCCUCUCACAGUUGGGAAGCUAAACUAUCCCGGGGUGACAUAGGCUAUAUUUAUUACUGGAUUUUUUAAUUCAGCACAGACGAAGUCGCAGACAACAAUAAUGUGACAAAAACAACUGAAAAUUAAUGAAAAUUUGAUUAUUAUAAUGGGAUAUACUGAUUAAUCUUUUAAGACUGAUCAUAUGAAACAUAUAGCACAUUGUAAGCAUUUUAUUGCUUAACUAAAUGAUGUCAAGGGUUAUAGGUUAUGUGAACCUCCUUAUCAAAUACA